AUCUAAAGACCACGUUGUUGGACUCGCAUCAGAAAAGGCUGUUACGAUAAAGGCCAAAGACAAAACCCAAAAACAGAAGAAAGAACGGAAAAAAAGAGAAAAAGAUAUUCCUCCAUUUCCGAGCCCUCCGACCUCAGUGCUUGAAACUGUUUGACAGAUGGAGAUCGAAGAAGCAAUCAGAGAAUGUGAUGAUCGAAGGCUGAAAACCAAGUACAAAAACGCCAUCUAUGUCAUCCAAAGAGCACUUGCCCUGUACUCUAUUGAAGAAGUUGCUUUUAGCUUCAAUGGAGGAAAGGAUUCAACUGUUUUGUUACACCUGCUUAGGGCUGGCUAUGCUUUGCAUAAAAGGGAACAAAGUCACUCCAAUGGGGAUCUCACUGACCGUGAAUUCACAUUUCCAAUACGGACAAUAUAUUUUGAGAGCCCUUCUGCCUUCCCUGAAAUAAACUCCUUCACUUAUGAAACGUCGUCUACUUAUCAUAUGCAAAUGGAUAUCAUUCGCCAAGAUUUCAAAUCUGGUUUGGAGGCUCUCCUUAGAACUCAGCCAAUAAGAGUUAUCUUUCUUGGUGUCCGAAUUGGUGAUCCUACUGCGGUAGGCCAAGAACAAUUCUCCCCUAGUUCACCUGGAUGGCCACCGUUCAUGAGAGUGAAUCCUAUCUUGGAUUGGUCAUACAGAGAUGUUUGGGCCUUUCUUUUGACUUGCAAGGUUCACUACUGCAGUCUUUAUGAUCAAGGUUACACUUCAAUUGGUAGCAUACAUGACACAGUCCCAAAUGCAUUAUUGUGCAUCAGCAAGUCUGCCAACAGCAAAGAAAAUUUUCAACCUGCAUAUCUGUUACCAGACGGAAGAUUAGAAAGAGCAGGGAGAGCAAAGAAGUUUUCUCCUCCUGUCUGUGGACGUGUUAGCAAUGACCUUGAAAAUGUAAAUUUGCGGCAAAAUCACAUGCUCACAGCCUCAGUCAUUGCUGUGGGAGAUGAGAUUCUGUUUGGCACCGUUGAGGAUCAAUUGGGACCAAGCUUGUGUAGAAAGCUCCAUUCUAUAGGUUGGGUGGUAUCACAAAUUGCUGUCGUUCGAAAUGAUAUAGAUUCUGUAGCUGAAGAAGUUGAACGGCAGAAGUCUACAAAAGAUAUGGUUUUUAUAUAUGGAGGGGUUGGCCCAUUACAGUCAGAUGUUACUGUAGCAGGAGUUGCUAAAGCAUUUGGGGUUCGUUUGGCUCCUGAUGAAGAAUUUGAAGAAUAUCUUAGGCAUCUUAUAGGUGACAAAUGCACUGGGGAUCGGAAUGAGAUGGCUCAGUUACCAGAGGGUAUCACUGAAUUACUGCAUCAUGAAAUGUUGCCUGUGCCUUUGAUCAAGUGUUUAAAUGUAAUAGUUCUUACCGCAACAAAUGUUACCGAGCUGGACAGGCAGUGGGAUUGUCUGAUUGAACUAUCAAGAUGUAGUAGUGGUGUGCUAGUACAGGCAGAAUCAUUUGUAUCAAAGCACUUGACAACAACUCUUUCAGAUCUAGAAACUACUCAACCUCUAUCAAAACUUUGUCUUGAAUUCCCAGAUCUUUACAUUGGUUGUUAUCGCAAAUCCAGAAGUGGGCAUCUCGUGAUUAGUUUUGAAGGCAAGGUAUAAGAAUGGUUGCACAAGGAUGACUAAUGGUUUUGAUCGAGCAAGAGUAGAAGCAGCUGCAGAAUCACUUUGCAAGAAGUUUAAACCUGGUGCAUUCUCUGAAAUUGACUGACUUGAGGAUGAUCUGCUCUUAUACGUGAAGCCAGCUUGCCCAAGCAUCCAAGCUUCUCUAUAAUAGCAACAGUGGAUGCCAUCUCCGAAUACAAGUAGCAGCCUCUCAAUCUCAAAUUCAGAUGGUUGGAGGAAAGCACAUUGUAAUUGCCACUGAAAAGGGGAGGGGGAGAAAAAAGCCAUGAGAAAAGAAAAUUGGAAAAAGCCAACAAUAUCCACAACUUUUAAAAGCCAUUUUAUCCCAGAGAUAUAUUAUAUAUUGAACUGUUGUCAACUUAGAAACAAAUUCAGAGAUUUUGUAUUAUCAAGAAGUAAAGAAGCCAGCUCACACAGCUCUACUUGAAUUUCAAGCUCUAUCUUUCAACAAUAUCUUUGUCUCAUUUGUUGUUAAUCAGUUGAAUUUCUUUGUUUGCACCA